AUGAAUGCCAUAGUGGAAGCUUUUGCCUUCUUCCUGGGGUUUCUAGGCUGGCUGAUGGUUGGGGUCGCACUUCCAAAUCGAUACUGGAAGGUCUCUUCUGUGGAUGGUAACGUUAUCACCACAUCAACCAUCUAUGAAAACCUAUGGAUGUCCUGUGCAACUGACUCUACAGGAGUUCACAACUGCCGGGAUUUUCCAUCUUUGCUCGCACUUAAUGGAUACAUUCAGGCCUCCCGAGCACUCAUGAUCGCUGCCAUUGUGUUUGGGACGUUUGGGCUCGUGGCUACCCUCGUAGGAAUGAAGUGCUCAAAAAUAGGAGGAGAAAACUACAUCCUUAAAGGAAGAAUCGCUGCAAUUGGAGGAGUGUUCUUUUUACUACAAGGGAUCUGCACCAUGAUUGCUGUAUCUUGGUAUGCAGCCAACAUCACACAGCAGUUCUUUGACCAGUUUUAUCCAGGGACAAAGUAUGAGAUCGGAGAGGGCUUGUAUAUCGGCUGGUCGUCAGCCAUACUUGCCAUUUGCGGAGGUUCAUGCCUGAUGUGUGCUUGCAAAGUCAAAACACCCAAUGAAAAAAUAUCAUAUCCAUACCAACCACCCUCUAGAGGACAUGUCCUGUCAACUGUGGGAACGUCUCAGUCUGUCCCAAGCAACUAUGGAAGAAAUGUGUAUGUCUGA